AUGAAUACUUCUACGAAUGACACGGUAUUCAUUCCAUUGAUGGAAAAUGGACGAUGGCUCAAAUUGGUGAUCUUUCCUCUUGUUCAAGUACCUUCGUGUCUUUGUACAAUCUUUCUCAUUUAUUACUUGAUAUUCAAUCCACGUUUACGUCAAUCAUUAUCCAAUCAUACUAUUCUUCUCUUGUUAGUAAUAAGUCUUUUCUUCAAUACGAAUGUUUUGGGAAUUCUCGAAGAUUAUUGGCGUCGUUCAUAUACUUGGCCACCAUCGGAUUUAUUCUGUUCCUAUGCUAAUAUUUCUUUCUAUAGUACCAGUGCCAGUAAUUUGCUAAUCAUGGCUUUUGCUUCUAUUGAACGACAUAUUCUUAUAUUUCACAUAAAUCUCACUAAUUCACCAGUAAAACGACUCUGUUCCCACUAUGCUCCGAUGAUUUUGAUUCCGCUCUAUGCAUUGUUUUUCUACAUCGGAGCUAUCGCUAUCUAUCCUUGUGAAAGUAUAUACGAUUAUUCUCAGCGUUUCUGUCUUUGGCCAUGUUUUUAUAUGGAUAAAAUACUUCCAGCUAUUGAAGCAAUUGUCAACGUUGGAUUACCAUUUGUAAUCAUACCGAUUGCAUCUAUUUCACUUUUUAUACGAGUUCUUUGGCAAAAACGCUCUAUGCAAUUGCAAGCCUACAAAUGGAAACGUGAUCGAAAGAUGACAUUACAAUUAUUAUCCAUUACACUUCUCUAUCUUAUUUUGUGGAUGCCGUUAAAUAUGGCUUUAGUAAUCAAUGUAUUUUGGUUACCCGAUUUUCUUAUCGAAGAACAAGUGAACUACAUUUAUUUAAUGCCAUUUAUCGUCCAAUUACUUUAUCCAUUCAUUGCACUUUUAUCAUAUCCUGAAUUGUGGCGAAAGAAUCGGAGAAUAUUACUGAAUACGGUGACAGCUUAUCAUACUGUUCAGCAUAAUUUUAUCAGGCUUAGUCGUAUUCGGAAUAACAAUUAA